CUGAGGGCAUAAGAACAUCGCGAGAGUUGGUGUCGGUCGAGUUGUCAACAUUACUUUUCUCCUUUCUUGGUCUUCUCUCUGUCGUUGUACUUUAAUUAGGAGUAAGUAGACUAAUCAGAUGCUGUUUUAGGUCUUAUAAAUAGUUUUAUUCGUGUUUUUUGCCUAAUUCAGAGCAGUUUGGGCAUCUUUUUCCGGCUGUUUUGUUGAAUUUACCUCACGUUUUUGUCGGUUUCUUUUUUUGUGUGAUUUAAAAACACACAUCAGAUCAUUGAAAGCUAUUGCAUUGCGUGUGUGGUUGACGUGGCCAUGUCGGCCGCCUCGUGGUGAUGUGGAGACUGCCGUCUCUCUUCAGAGCAGCACGCAGGAGCUUCUGCAGCGCCGCGGACGACAUGGCGAAGGGCAAGUUCUUCUACGCGGUGCAGAGGGGCUUCACACCCGGAGUCUACGCUUCCUGGGAUGAAUGUAAGAACCAGGUGGAACAAUUCCCAGCUGCCUCUUUUAAGAAGUUUCUCUCAGAGAAAGAUGCCUGGGCGUUCUUCAGAGGGGCCGCUCCGUCUCCAGUUCCUGAGGUGAAGAAAGCCUCCCAGAGCGUGGAGCCGGCCCCUCCGCUCCCUCGACGGGACCCGGAGCCCGUGGGCUGCGUGGCCCUCGGCAGGAAGCGGCUCCGCCCGGCGCCAGAGAAGAAAGAGGAGGAGGAGGCGCCCCCCAAGAGGGCCAGAGCGCCAGAGAGCUCGUCUUCACAGAGCUCGGACGCGUUCACGUACAUGGGCGACGCCGUGGUGGUUUACACCGACGGCUGCUGUUCAAGGAACGGCCAGAAGGGGGCGAGAGCCGGCAUCGGAGUUUACUGGGGAGACAACCACCCACUAAACGCAGCGGAGCCUCUUCAGGGGAGACAGACCAACCAGCGAGCUGAGAUACAGGCGGCCUGCAAAGCGCUGGAGCAGGCCAAAGAGAACGGCCUGAAGAAGCUGGUCCUCUACAGCGACAGCAAGUUCACCAUCAACGGUGUCACCAGCUGGGUGAAGACCUGGAAGCUGAACGGCUGGCGGCUGAAGUCUGGAGGACCAAUCAUCAACAAGGAGGACUUCGUGACGCUGGACCGGCUGAACGCGCAGGUGGAGGUGGUCUGGUUGCACAUUCCGGGGCACGCCGGUUACCGAGGCAACGAGGAGGCCGACAGACUGUCGAGAGAAGGAGCGGCGAAGGCUCCAAAGAAGAGGAGGAGCUGAGGAGGAGGAGGAGGAGGAGAGCAGGUUUUGGGCUUAGAGAGGACGUCUGUCUUUAUUUGUCUUUCUUUGUGUUUUUUCCCUCUGAAUAAAGUUUUCUGCUUCA